AUGUUGAAGGCGUUGGAGGUGAAGGUAGCCUUGUGUACUCAGAUCGUGACUGCCUGUGCUGUUCUUCAUAAUGUUUGUCCUGGAACCAGAUCGGGAUGUGACCGGCCACGACCACCGCUGCCCCCAGGAGACCAGGAGAUGCAGGACAAUCAGAUGCAAGAUGAGUCCUCGUCUGUGGAUUCAUUUGGAGCGGGCUUUGUGAGAGCUGCCCGUCAGAACCUCCACGAGCCUAUUUCAUUUACUCCAAAGUUGUGUGUUCAUGGGUCAGUCCAGUAUUGUUGUGUGUUCAUGUUGUGUGUUCAUGGUCCAGUGUUGGUUGUGUGUUCAUGGGUCAGUCCAGUGUUGGUUGUGUGUUCAGGUUGUGUGUUCAUGGGUCAGUCCAGUGUUGGUUGUGUGUUCAUGGGUUGUGUGUUCAUGGGUCAGUCCAGUGUUGGUUGUGUGUUCAUGGCCGCCUCUUCCGUGUGUUAUUCCGUCCACAGCCACCUCUUCCGUGUGUGUUAUUCCGUCCACAGCCGUCUCUUCCGUGUGUGUUAUUCCGUCCACAGCCGUCUCUUCCGUGUGUGUUAUUCCGUCCACAGCCGUCUCUUCCGUGUGUGUUAUUCCGUCCACAGCCGUCUCAUCCGUGUGUGUUAUUCCGUCCACAGCCGCCUCUUCCGUGUGUGUUAUUCCGUCCACAGCCGCCUCUUCCGUGUGUGUUAUUCCGUCCACAGCCGCCUCUUCCGUGUGUUAUUCCGUCCACAGCCGCCUCUUCCGUGUGUUAUUCCGUCCACAGCCGCCUCUUCCGUGUGUUAUUCCGUCCACAGCCGCCUCUUCCGUGUGUGUUAUUCCGUCCACAGCCGUCUCUUCCGUGUGUGUUAUUCCGUCCACAGCCGUCUCUUCCGUGUGUGUUAUUCCGUCCACAGCCGCCUCUUCCGUGUGUGUUAUUCCAUCCACAGCCGUCUCUGGUUUGUCCUGGAGGUUCUUUUCACUGAACUAUAUAAAAUCCUGUCUUUUGGGACAAACUGCAGUUGA